CCCAGGGGAGUUGGUACAAAGUAUAUCAAUUGGUCGUAGCGAGGUGGGGUAAGCCCCAGACUGGCGUCAGUGUUAAAAACUAGGUUUCCGGUAGGUCGCCGGGACUCCAGUCAGCUGUUAGUUUGCAAGCACCACCUCCUCCGUGCCUUACCGGCCAAUCACAGGCGGCGAUGCUGGCAGGUGCGGGUGUUAUUGUUUUGGGCUGAAGUUAAAGGCCUCGGAGACAGCUGAGCAGUCCGGGAUAUAGGGGAGGGAACGUAAUAAUCUAGCCAUCGGAGUAUAUUCUGGAGAUUAGAACUCCAGUUACUCAGUGUGGCCCUGGACUGGAGGGGGUCCUCUCCCUGAACACCAGUUAUUCCAGCAGCCGCCCCAAUGAGGAGAGAGAUGAACGGGGUGACAAAGAGCCGGUUUGAGAUGUUCUCAAACAAUGAUGAGGCUCUGAUCAAUAAAAAGCUUCCAAAGGAACUGUUGCUCAGGAUCUUCUCCUUUCUAGAUGUUGUCACCUUGUGUCGGUGUGCCCAAGUUUCUAGGGCAUGGAAUGUCCUUGCUCUAGAUGGUAGCAACUGGCAGAGAAUUGACCUGUUCGAUUUCCAAAGAGAUAUUGAGGGCCGUGUGGUUGAGAAUAUAUCAAAGAGAUGUGGGGGUUUUCUACGCAAACUGAGCUUGAGAGGCUGUCUUGGAGUAGGUGACAAUGCUCUCAGAACAUUUGCCCAAAACUGCAGAAAUAUAGAGGUGCUAAAUCUAAAUGGCUGCACCAAAAUCUCAGACAUGACCUCCUCUAGCCUCAGUAAAUUCUGCAGUAAGUUGAGGCAUCUAGAUCUAGCAUCAUGCACCUCUAUCACUAACCUGUCUCUCAAAGCUCUUAGUGAGGGUUGUCCACUCUUGGAGCAGUUGAACAUCUCCUGGUGUGAUCAGAUCAGCAAGGACGGAAUACAAGCUUUGGUGAAGGGCUGUGGGGGGCUGCGUUUUCUCUCCCUCAAGGGCUGCACACAGCUUGAAGAUGAAGCUCUUAAGUACAUUGGAUCACAUUGUCCAGAGCUUGUAACAUUAAAUCUACAGGCGUGUUCUCAGCAGAUCACGGACGACGGCCUCAUCACAAUUUGCCGUGGGUGUCACAAACUGCAGUCUCUGUGUGCCUCUGGCUGUUCAAACAUCACAGACUCCAUUCUCAAUGCACUGGGACAGAAUUGCCCCCGGCUCAGAAUAUUAGAAGUUGCCCGAUGUUCACAGCUGACUGAUUUGGGAUUCACCACUUUGGCAAAAAAUUGCCAUGAGCUUGAGAAAAUGGAUUUAGAAGAAUGCGUUCAGAUCACAGAUAGUACUCUUAUCCAGCUUUCCAUACAUUGUCCCAGGCUGCAAGUUUUGAGCCUCUCACACUGUGAGCUCAUCACAGAUGAUGGAAUUAGACACUUGGGCAAUGGGGCAUGUGCCCAUGAUAGACUAGAGGUGGUUGAAUUAGACAACUGUCCCUUGAUCACAGACGCAUCUCUGGAGCAUCUCAAAAGUUGCCAGAGUCUGGAGCGGAUCGAACUGUAUGACUGCCAACAGAUUACUCGUGCUGGAAUCAAACGGCUGAGGACCCACCUCCCAAAUAUUAAAGUCCACGCCUACUUUGCUCCAGUCACACCCCCUCCCUCAGUUGGAGGCAGCAGACAGCGGUUUUGCAGAUGCUGUGCUAUCCUAUAAAAGGCGAGAAAACCCAGCCUUUCCCACCCUCCUGGGGCAGUACAUGUUCCAGGUGGACUCAGUUGCAAGAGAAAAUGGUUGGGAGGGGGUGGGAGAGAGUGUUAGGACCGACUACUUCUCCAGAAAUCCUACUUUUACAAAAGGAUUGGAGUUGGCUUCUCCUCCUUUUUGUUUUUCAAUUUUGCCCCUUUUAUUUUAUUUUUUCACCUGCAUUGGUGGAAAAUAAUACAUUGAGGAAGUUGGGGAUGGGGUUGAGUCAGAGACACCCCACAGCACUCCAGGAAGGAAUCCCACAUCAUAGGAAGGGGGUAAGCUGCUGGAUUUGAGGAGAAAAAGACCAAUUAUAGUCUCCUCUCCAUCUCUGCUCCCAUCCUGCAUAAUCAUGACUCUGCACUUUUGUAUUUUGGGGGAUAUCCAUUGUAAUUCCCCUUAAUGAUAGGACAGGAGUAAAGGAAAAGCACAGAUAACUCAUGCUGUGGUAUGGGGUGGGAGUUUAUUUAUGUAAGCCCAUAAAAGGACCUAUUGUUGUCCCCACCUGCCGCCUUCUAACCCUAGCACUGCAGCUGGGAUGCAGCCACAGGGUACUCCCCACCCACCUCCUCCCUAGAGGAGUACAUCUCAAACUCUCUCCAGAUCCUCUACAUGCAUUCCCCAGAAAUGGAAAAAGUACAAAAAGUAAAAAAAAAAAUUAAUUAUAUAUUAUAUAUAAAUAUAUAUAGACUUUGUACAAUAUAAUUUUAAUGAUAUUGCGGGGUGCACCCUCUUCACACUCGCGUGGAUGUGAUAAUGAUGCCAAUUACAGAAGUAAAUGUAAAAAAAAAAAGGAAGCUGUGUAUGAUCAGAUAAUGGCAAGGAAUGGAGUUGUAUGCUGUGUGCAUAUAUAAGUGUUAGUGUUUGCAUGUGUCGUUCCGUGCACAUUUACCUUGACUGAGAACAAGUAAUGUCAAAUAACCUAGCUUGCACUGUGGUUUGAUGUGUUCAGGUGAGCUACCUCUUUUGUGCCAUUAUAAGUGAGAAAUGCCAGGAAUACUAGACAUUGUGCAAGAGAAACCGCCUUUUUAGGCAGUGUAAAAUUAGUAUGUAUCUGGACCAACAAUUAGUAAGACUACCUAAGUGUUAGAGGUCAGCAUUGUCAUUGUACUUUAGUAGGUGUAUGUGUCCAUGUGUGAACGAUUUCGUCUGAUGGCAUGUUAUGUUAUCCAAUGUAACCUUAAGUUGCCAAAUCACAAAAACACUCCCCUCAACAAGAAUAGGAUGAACCUAUUAGAAUAGGUUUCUUUCUCUUAUCACCACCGUCACACUUAUGUCUGUUUGUCAUAUGGCAGAAAUGUAUAAACCACAUGAAAAACUCA